GUGAGUUCUAGAACACUAGAGCAGAAGGUGACACGUUACGAUAUACGAAAUAAGUUGUGCUAUACUUAAUACUAUGAAUCUAUCCGACUGUUCCAGACAAAGUUGGCUCCCCUACCCGUAUCGUGGUGAAGAGCCGAUCUCAGUCGGACGUAGAAAAACCUGCCGCCGCCACCGUCAACUCAUCUACGGAGCUGAAGCAGACAAACCUCCCGCCCCUCCCCACAACUCCCGGCGGCUCCCCCCGUGGUCGGUACUUCCAACACAUUCCCAGCACCGCCUUCCAGUGUCCCCCGCCCGAGAACGCGUCCAUGGCCGCUCGGGCCUGCGGCUACUCCUCCAACCUGCACCGGCUGCACAGCGACCCCGCCUGCCUGAGAGAGGAGGAUCCUAUGGCUGACCCAAUCAACUGCGAGUAUCGCUACCAGCUGACAUUGACGUCAUUGGUCAAGCUGAGGCCACUUGAGCGCGGGUUCCAUCUACCCAAUUAUGAGCCCAUCAACACUCCUUAUAUUUACUAUCAGAACGAGCAGACAUGGAGAGAAGAAGAUGAUGAAGACACAGACUCUAUGAAGCCGCUUCAAUGAUCACAUCUACUACUAGCGAUCGGUAUCGGUACUGCAGGCAGAUUCCUGUGGGCGCUGUCAGGUCUUCAUGGCCGCUCGGGACUACAGCUAUUCCCCAACCUCGCAGGGGCAGGGUAGGGCCGCGGGAGGAGACACACCCCCAGUUGGGCGGUGGUCUGUUCAAAGGUUAACCAUCAGGGAAGACCGAGCUGGUACAGGUAGCACCCCCCUCGCUGCAGAUGGAAUCGUCCAACGUCCGGAUGACGUCCAUUCCCUCUGACGUCAUCCAACAUGGCUGACACAAACACCAAGAAAGUCGUCUACGGAAUCGUUGGCAAUAUUCCUGCACAUUUUCACUCUGCGGAUCUCAGAAACUACUUCUCCCAGUUCAUAGAGAGCGGCGGCUUCGACUGUUUUCACUUCAGACAUCGUCCGGAGGCGAGAGACGGAGAUACAGCGGGGGAAAACAAUGAUGAAGAAAGUGUUUCGCAAGAAGGGAAGGGGGAGGGGGGCAAGUUCGUAGGUUCGGGAACAAAUGUUUCGAAAGUAAGUGGAAUUACGGACAUUUUACCGUCUACGUCUACAUCUGAACAGAAAGUCUUGACAGACUAUAGAGCAACUGUGGAUAGCGAGACUUCAAGAGAUCCAAGCAGAAGUAAGACGAACAGAAGAAAAACUUUGUGCUGUGUUGUACGCGUUGUGGAACAGAGGUGGGACGAACUAGUGAAGAUGUACCACGGGAAACACUGGGUGGACAGGCGGGGGGACUACCUCCGGCACCGGGCUACCGUCAGGAGGGUCAGGCUGGCAGAGGAAGGUUCUGAUGCAUUGAAGUACCAGACAAGAAAGGAAGUUGAGCAAAGACGGAAGAGGAAAGAUGGAGAAACCAUCAGCCAAUCAGAGCUGCAGAAGCUCAUCGAGCUCCACCCGCCCAACGUCAUGCCUCGCGGGAACGUGGGAACGCCAAUCAAAGUGUUUCUAGAACUGAUCCGCACAUGCAGGCUCCCCCCUAUUCUCAUCCACAAACUUGGACUGGUCUUCCCUUCCACUGGGUCUAGCAGGAGGUAUGGGAACGUACCAUUUGACUAUGGGGGGAGUGUGAGGGAGGGAAGCAUGGUGCUGACUGCUACAGGGGAGGAGCUGUCUGCCGAGGUGGGGUUUGUGGAACAGCAACAAAGAAGGAGGGAAGAAGAGAAGGAGGAAAGGAGGGAACAGGAGAGACAGCAGAAGGAGGAGGAAGAUAAAGCAGAUGAGUCUCACUCUGAUGAUGACGAUGACAGGUGUGAGGAAUGGGAGCGCCACGAGGCCCUGUACGACGACGUGACCAAACAGGGGCGGAACAAGGAGCGACUGUUUGAGGAGGAGAUCGAGCUGAAGUGGGAGAAGGGCGGGAGCGGGCUGGUGUUCUACACAGACGCGCAGUACUGGGACCAGCUCAGGGGGGACUUUGAUGAGAGGACUACUGAUGACUGGGAUGUAGACAUGAGUGUGUACUAUGAUCCAGAUGGAGGAGACAAGGAUGCCCGUGACUAUCUCCAGAUGCGUCUUGAGCAGCGGCUACGGGCGGGUCUAGAUGGGGAAGACGUCACCACAACGAAGAAAGACAAACGGAGGCAGCGGAAGGAACAGAAGGAUCAAGAAGGAAAGAUUGGACAGUUUGAGAAGCAUACAAAGGGUCUCGGGCGUAAGAUAAUGGAGAGGCAGGGCUGGCGAGACGGGGAGGGGCUGGGGUCCUGGAAGAAGGGGCCGGCGGACGCUCUGGGGAACGAAGGACAGGGACCCUGGGACAAGAGGGGCUUCGGUUUCUAUGGCGAGAAGCUUGACCGCCAGGCUGGAGGGAACAAACGCCGGCGCGUAGAGAAGGACGUUGUGAUCUCUACCGUGUACGACGAGCCGCACCAACUGGAUAACGCAGAAACGCUGACGAGACAGGCUGGGCCACAUACGCUCAAGUACAGGACUAGUGUUCCCUUUGUCAGGGGCACACAGGAGGACAAGACAUGAUGGAAAAUAAUUACUAUA